AUGAAGAUGCAGUUGGCAGUAGGAAUGGUAAGGAAAUUGUUAUCAAAACGUGCAGAGUGGAAUAAAAUUAUCUUGGCUGGAACGAAUCACAGGUCUGACCCUGGCGCCCUGAAUUUGACAUGGAAAGCUAUGGCGUGGAAGAGGCUUAGAUCUCCAGAAAAGAGAAUCAAACUGGUAGAAUCUUCGAGAAAAGGGUUCUGCUUGGUCUUAGGGAGCGCCCCGUACAGCGAACAGCCCCUUCGUGUGCACAAGUCGGAGGACGACUGCUCUCGGCCCGCCCCGCUUUGUAGGAUGCCGGUGCAGCUAGCCACAGCCCUACGUGUGGUGGGCACCAGCCUGUUUGCCCUGGUGGUACUGGGGGGCAUCCUGGCAGCAUAUGUGACAGGCUACCAGUUCAUCCACACCGAAAAGCACUACCUGUCCUUCGGCCUAUACGGUGCCAUCCUGGGGCUGCACCUGCUCAUCCAGAGCCUGUUUGCCUUCCUGGAGCACCGGCGCAUGCGGCGGGCAGGCCGACCUCUGAAGAUGCCCUGCCCACCCCGGUGCUCAGUGGCACUCUGCAUCGCUGCCUACCAGGAGGACCCAGACUACCUGCGUAAGUGCCUGCGCUCUGCCCAGCGCAUUGCCUUCCCUGACCUCAAGGUGGUCAUGGUGGUGGACGGCAAUCGCCAGGAGGACACCUACAUGCUGGACAUCUUCCAUGAGGUGCUAGGUGGCACUGAGCAAGCUGGUUUCUUUGUGUGGCGCAGUAACUUCCAUGAGGCUGGUGAGGGCGAGACGGAAGCCAGCCUGCAGGAGGGCAUGGACCACGUGCGCAACGUGGUGCGCACCAGCACAUUUUCGUGCAUCAUGCAGAAGUGGGGAGGCAAGCGAGAGGUCAUGUACACAGCUUUCAAGGCCCUUGGUGACUCGGUGGACUACAUCCAGGUGUGCGACUCUGACACUGUGCUGGACCCAGCCUGCACCAUCGAGAUGCUUCGAGUUCUAGAGGAGGACCCCCAAGUGGGGGGCGUUGGAGGAGAUGUCCAAAUCCUCAACAAGUAUGAUUCGUGGAUCUCCUUCCUGAGCAGUGUUCGGUACUGGAUGGCCUUCAACGUGGAGCGGGCCUGCCAGUCCUACUUUGGCUGUGUCCAGUGUAUUAGUGGGCCCUUGGGCAUGUACCGCAAUAGUCUCCUCCAGCAGUUCCUGGAGGACUGGUACCAUCAGAAGUUUCUAGGCAGCAAAUGCAGUUUUGGGGAUGACCGGCACCUCACCAACCGAGUCCUGAGCCUCGGCUACCGGACUAAGUAUACAGCGCGCUCCAAGUGCCUCACAGAGACCCCCACCAAGUACCUCCGGUGGCUCAACCAGCAGACCCGCUGGAGCAAGUCUUACUUCCGGGAGUGGCUCUACAACUCUCUGUGGUUUCAUAAGCACCACCUCUGGAUGACCUACGAAUCAGUGGUCACAGGCUUCUUCCCCUUCUUCCUCAUCGCCACAGUUAUACAACUCUUCUACCGUGGCCGCAUCUGGAACAUUCUUCUCUUCCUGCUGACGGUGCAGCUGGUGGGCAUUAUCAAAGCUACCUAUGCCUGCUUCCUUCGGGGCAAUGCAGAAAUGAUCUUCAUGUCUCUUUACUCCCUUCUCUAUAUGUCCAGCCUCCUGCCAGCCAAGAUCUUUGCCAUCGCCACCAUCAACAAGUCUGGCUGGGGCACCUCUGGCCGGAAAACCAUCGUGGUAAACUUUAUUGGCCUCAUCCCUGUGUCCAUCUGGGUGGCAGUCCUUCUGGGGGGACUGGCCUACACAGCUUAUUGCCAGGAUCUGUUCAGUGAGACGGAGCUAGUCUUCCUUGUCACUGGGGCCGUUCUGUAUGGCUGCUACUGGGUGGCUCUCCUCACGUUGUAUCUGGCCAUCAUUGCCCGGCGCUGUGGCAAGAAGCCAGAGCAGUAUAGCUUAGCUUUUGCUGAGGUGUGACACAGCACCCAAACAGAGCGGGACGAGUGCAAUGGGUAAGGGAGGGAAGGGGACUGGACUGAGAAGGGGAGGGAGGGAGGAGGGAGUGCUGUUUUAGUUUCUUAAUGGUCCAAAGGACUAAUCUGAAGUGCAAAGAAUCCGUGAGUGUAGUGUGGCCUGGUGCAGUUGUGCUUGGAGGAAGCAACACCGAUUCCAGCUCUGGGCGGCCAGGGUGGUAAAGACUUGUGUGUUUUCAGGCUGCCUCUGCACACACAGCGGCCUCUAGAUGUCUCUUCUUCCCCAGGGCUCCAGAGGGAACUCAGAAGGGUGCUAAAAACCAAACAUUAAGUUCCACUUUGUGGCAGCUUCUGACGGGCAAGUGAACAAUGACAGACAGCCUGUGGGAAGGGGUUCUUUUAGCCCAUCUGAACACAACCAGAGGUGGUGGGACAAUUUCUGAGAUCUGGGCCAGCUAGUAGUGUGCCCCCCUCCCCACCCCCCCCAGCUCCCCAUGUAGUUAUCAAUGCAAUAAGAUUGUGCCUGAGAUACAAGGCCCAGAAGCCCGGUCUUUGGGCAUCCAAAAACAGGGUCCAAGAAUGGUGCUUUAUUAUGUGAUGUACCCCUCCCCUCAUCUCAACACCCCAAGGACAAGCCAAACCAGCAGGGAGUUAGCACUGAACUGGUUUUAAGUGUAUAUAUACAUGUUAAAAAGGAAAGUUUGCCAGGAGGACAAAGAUUGGUGCUACUCAAGCCCAUGGGUCACAUGGAGGCCUUGGGCUGAUUGUGUUCCACCUAGAAGUUGCUCAGACAGCUAGCCUUAGCUUGUCGGCCUUUUCUGCUGGGGAGACAUGUUUUGGCCAUCUACUGGGAAGAUGAAACCUCAAUCUGUUCAGAAAAGAAGUGAGGUCUCAGGAAUUUCAACCUGUGUAAUCCCGAAUUCCUCUCAAAUUCAGCUCUGAUCUCUAACAGCCUCCUCACUUAGCUUUCUUCAAGGUGAUACAAUCACCCUUCUACCCUCCUUACGCCUCCAUGGGUAAAUUUUUCAAAGUGGCAACUGAGCCAGAGCCUGAGCUGACAGGCACUACAGUAGGCAAGCCUGUCCUCAGCGAAUGGGGAAAAAAACGACCAGGAGCCUCUCACCAAACUGACAAAAAUCUUCAAACUCUUGGAUGGGUUCCUCGGCCGCUGGGUAGCAUGGUAACUUUCAGGCUAUAUCUUGACAAUCAUCUCCCCUGCACAGCUUUUCAGUGUUCCCCAACUGGUUAUCUUUGAGACCAUCUUUUUGCUUCAGUGACUUCUCCAGGGACUUCCUAGAGCCAAGUUUUAGGUGGUCACUACUGCAUUUCCUUGCUUCUUUCCAGAAACCAAACUAGGAGAUGGAAUUGGUUCUUAAGUCCUAAGGUUCUUGCUUCUCAGGCCUCUUGAGGCUGUUUGAUGUUACUCCUGCCCCGCUUGCCCUUUUUUUUUUUGCAGUGAGGGAUGGUCAUUUUCUACAUUUUUGCAAUCCAUAGACUGGUCUCAGCUCUUGGAUUUAAAACCUAGAGUCUUGACUAAAAUUUUGACUUAGGGGAUUGCUUCCUGCAUGUUCUCUCUUCAGACCUCCAUUCUCCAAAGCGUUGGGUAACCCAAGAACCAGCUCUUAGAGUAGUGGGGGGGGGGUCCCUAAAGAUCACUGCGGGGGGAGGUGCAGCAGGUAUGUAGGGUUUUGCUGUUCUCCCGCUGCGCGCUGGUUGCCCAGCCGGACCUAGGGCCGGUUAGCCCUAAAGGUCACUGCAGGGGGAGGUGCAGUGGAGGGGGUGGGCAGCAAGCCCCUAGAGCCCAGGUGCUUCCUACAAAGGAACAAAAUGUACUCUGAGCCACAGACUGGCAAACCCUGGUGCUUUCCUUCAUUACCCACGAACUCAAGCAUUUUCCAGGGUCAGCCAGUACUUCUGCAUCACAGACCUCGUUUCUGAUAAGACUGCUCCGUUGGUCGGGCCUAAUCCAUGAAGGCUGGGAAGUGGCAGCAGGCUUUUGCCACAGGCAGUUGUCCCAGGCUCUUCUGUGUUUUUUGCUAGCCAAGAAGUAACUGUUUCGAGCACUACAAUGGAGGAAAUCCGGUCAGCCAACUGCAGAGUUCAGACUUCAUUAAGGGCUUUUUCCCCUCAGCUUUUACUUGCAGGUUUAUGUAGAAUGGACUCCUGGAUGGAGAACUCUUGGCUGUCCUACCAUCAGCUCUGCCUUGCACUGUGGUCAUCAACUUUCCUCAGAUCAAAAGUAGGCAGGUAUAAGUAGCGGGCUCACAACAUUUGACCUCGACUGGUUUUUGUAAGUUAUUUUGUACAUUUUUCAGCAGUGAAACCAAACUGGGUCUUCAGCUUUAUCCCCUUUUCUUACAAGGGAAGAGCCUUUAUACGAGUGGACACAUUUUGGUUGUUUCCUCAUUGAGAAUUUUAAUCCUCUUUUGUAUUAUUUCUACAGUAAUUU